GGGCCCUGCUAGGGGUGGCGAACUCUCCGCUCACAACUUUCUACCGACCGCAACGAUAUGAAAGCGUUCACCGCCGCCGCGAUGGCGGUGUUGGGUGCAGCAGUCAUGGCCGAUUUCGCGCCGUCUAGCCAUGGAAAUCAGCAGAUGCCGUCAGAGCAUGUCUCGUUUGCUGCCAUGGACAACGCAAUACCGACGACAACGUCGCAACCGUCGUCAACACCAUCCACCACGGUCGAUCCGGACACUCCGAGCACCACAUCCGCGUCAGUGGCAACAACAACCCCCACGCCAAGUGCCACCUCCAUAACCACUCCCGCCCCUACAAUAAAGCCAAAUGGGGUGACGCCAACCAGCACAACUGCCCGCCCGGCGUCGUCGACCCCAUCGACAACAUCCAGCAACGUCGUGGCCGCUGUGCAAUGUCCAUUUAUCUUCACGUCGGCCAUUGUCACGACCGAAUUUAACGCCGUGCUCGACGAAAUCCUGGCCAACAACGCUGCCAAGAACUCGUCCAACACGACCGACACCAUCGUCGGUCCUCUGACGACUACGAAUCGCCCAACGACGUCAGUUUCCUUGACCACCAGCAACACACCAACGUCGGCGGCCCCAUCGACCACCGUGGCACCAGGCGACGAGAGUGUACCAAACACCGCAGCGCCCACCACAGGGACGCCAGCCGCGAACGCUCGUGCGACCACGACAUGGCGCCCCACCACCACCACUGCAACGCUUCCUUCGAUCGUCUCGGGCGAUCGCCGGCUCUCGGAUCGAGAAAACAACGUCGCAUUUGCGUGCGACGCGAGUUUUUACGGCAAAUGGAUCACGAGUGGGCUGACGUGCGGUGGAGCAGAUUUGGACGUGGAAGCCGCCGUUAAGCACGCCGCGUGCGCGACAUACCGUGGGGAUGUGUCGUUGCCCGCGGUGACCGUCGCAUCCUGCCUCACAACGUGCGCAUUUCCAUCCUGCAUCAACAACUCGUGGGCGUACAAGUCGGCGCGUCCAGGGUUUGGCAGCGCCAUCUACGCCAACUUUGACUUUUCCCAGUGGUUUACAGCGUCCAUGACGAGCCAGCUCAAGGCACGCACCCAAGACAUCGUCAACUUUCACAAUUUUUCGAUGGCGGUCGUCGAUGCGUGUCGAUCGCCCGCGCAGUGCACGUGCCCCGUGUACAUCCCGCCCUCGGACACGGCCACCAACCCCACCGACGACCUCAACCACCGCAUUCAAGAAGCCAAGAAGCAGCAAGUGCGCGCCGCGGACUUUGCGCCACAGACCGACUGGGUCCCGCACACGCCGCUCGAGUCGGUCGCGUCGUUUACGGCGUCUGUUACGCAAUAUGCCACCUUCAUUGGGGUUGCCACGUCGGCGUCCGCCGUGGCCGUGUCUUCGAUUGUGUCGUCGUCGGCGGUGGUGACGUCGAGUGGUGCGGCGGCAGCGGCCGGAUCAGCGGCAUCGCUCAGCGUCGCUGUGAGUUUGCUCGACAUGGCGAGCUUCGUCACAAGCGUGAGUCAGUUGAACGUGGAGCGGUUGCCGCCGCCCAUGGGGAUCGUUGCGGCGUCGAUCUCGCCGUUCCAGUUUUCAUUCUUCACGUGGGAAUCGGCCAAGUACACGCCACCGUCGUCGAGCGCGCAGGGCCGAUCGUUGGCGACCGCAUCGGACAACACCAUGUCCGGCAUGGAGCGGUACGCGGCGACGGUCGGGGUUCGGCCAGAUCAGUUGUUUUACGUGACGUUGACGGGCAUAUGCGUUGCGGCUGGGGCCAUCGCUGUCGUUGUCGCGAUCGUUUUCGUGGGGGCGUUGGCCGUCUCAAACGACUUCACGCGGCUUCGCGACCAAAUCGUCGACCGCGGCGUCGGUGCGUGCAUGUUGCUCGCAGUGGUCGGCCAGUACGCGAUCGGUGUCACUGCGACAUUUGAAAUCACGCAGGCAGUGGACGUCGGUGGCGACGCAUGGGGCGUCAGCGUGUUUGUGGCCAUGGCCGCGCUGCUCGUGCUCUCUGUGGGCACGAUCGUGUACGGGUACUUGGUCGUGCGGCAGCACGAGCACGACCUCCGCGACAUCGGGACAAAAGAUCAUUACGACAAGUCGGUGCAUCGGCGGUAUGGGUGCCUCUACGACGAAUACAACUUUGCCAACCGCUUCUUCUUUGUCGUCAAGAUGCUCCUGGCGCUGAGUGUCGGCAUCACGACGGGCCUGUCGACCCUCUCGGGCCUCGCGCAAGUCGUCGCCCUGGUCGGCCUCCACGUUGUGUUUGUCCUGUACUUGGAAGUGCGUCAGCCGCACUUGGCCAAGUUUGUCCAGGCCGCGACAACGCUCAUCACAGUCCUGAAGAUUGCAGCGCUUGGCUUGACGGCGUUUUUGUUGUCGGCGGUCGUCCAACUGCCGCCGACCGCGCGCACCGUCGUCGGCUACGUGAUCGUGUCGCUCCAGGGCCUCGUCGUCGUCUUUCUCGUCGUGCGCCAAGGCUUUAUCGUUUACCGUCAGUGGAAACUCAAGCAAGUCCCAGACCCAGCACGCGUUUCGAUCACAGACUUUUACGGCGGCAGCAGCACGACGUCCGCGAUGGCCAAACUCGACGGCGACCCCACCUGCGCCGACAUUGAAACCAACCAAAGCAGCACUCGGCGCCUUCCCCCCCUCAACCACCCUGGCAAAGAGUACACUUUCUAGCACGGACGUUCAACACAGGGUGAUGUUUUUGGGUCGACGAUGGCAAGGGGCACAUGACCACCUUCGUGAAGAUCACGACGCCGCAGUGCAUUCGACUCGACGAAACGCGGCCAUCUAGACAAAGCAACGAAUCGGACGGACGCGGGGAUCGAGUGGGACGUGUGUGUAGGACGAGCUGUGUCGCAUACGUUGACGAUGGAAAGGGCGGCGACUGCAUCGAGUGAGUCGAGGGAUAGAUUAGUAGAGGGGUGUUUUUAGCAAAUGGACAUCUUGCGGGCAAGGAGGCUCUUGCCGGUGCUCCACCCGA